UUCUCUGCUCGGUUCUCGAGUACUGUAUCUUUGGCAAUGGUUACGGCCAGGAGAGCUGUGUGAACUGCUUAAGCGACAGAAGCUGGAGUCUCCGAUGACUUGGUGCCUUCAUCGUUCUGCACAGGGGAUGAUGCUUCUCUUGAGGUUUAUGCCACUGUCCCGUCCGUAACUUCGCUUUCGUUCACCUCUUUUCCCGAACUCUUCUAGAUGAGACAGAAGACUGAAAAGUGAUCUCCCCCAGAGUCACCGAAUUAUUGGUAAAUCUGGACAAGAACACAGGCUUGUAACUUUGAAGACCAGGGAUUUUUAUAUUAUUCUUGUAGGAAAGAGACCCAAAGAUCUUUACAAGCUAUCUUGCUGGGAAAUGCCCAAAGUCAAAAGAAGCCGGAAAGCACCUCCAGAUGGCUGGGAGUUGAUUGAGCCAACUUUGGAUGAACUAGAUCAAAAGAUGAGAGAAGCUGAAACUGAACCCCAUGAGGGAAAGAGGAAAGUGGAGUCUCUAUGGCCUAUCUUCAGGAUCCAUCACCAGAAAACCCGCUAUAUCUUCGACCUCUUUUACAAGAGGAAAGCCAUAAGCAGAGAACUCUAUGAAUACUGCAUUAAAGAAGGCUAUGCAGACAAAAACCUGAUUGCAAAGUGGAAGAAGCAGGGCUAUGAGAAUCUGUGCUGCCUGCGCUGCAUUCAGACUCGAGACACCAACUUUGGCACCAACUGCAUUUGCCGGGUUCCCAAGAGCAAGCUGGAAGUGGGUCGCAUCAUCGAGUGCACACACUGUGGCUGCCGAGGUUGCUCUGGCUGACACCCUUGACUCCCCUGCAUCCUGGACUUUGAACCUUGGGCUCAUGCUUAUUGGGCUACUGCCUCCUGAAGCAACUCUUCUCUGAGUGGUGCUCUGAGAAAAGACCCAGGGGAAGCAUGAGCUCUACAGGUGACAGCUUUAGUGUUGACCAGCUGAAAUCUGUAAAAAUAAAACCUUUAGACCUCUUAGUGA